AUGGAAGCCCCACUGUCCUCGCCCACACAACGCACCCAGACCGCAGCCUCGCACUGGCCCCAGGCCGCGACAAAGGGCUACGCCGUCGCCGCACCCGCCGUCGCCGGCCACCGCCAGCAGGCAAAGCAGGCCUCGUCGGCCUCGCCCUCCACCGACGCCUUCCUCAAGGACUUCACCCUCGUUGCCGAGGCCGCCAAGCGCGCCCAGGUCGCCGUCAUGGUGAGGGACUUUGAGAACAUCGGGCUGUCAUAA